AUGGUACGAGCGACCUGCCACGCGUUAAAUUCAACCCUUAAGAUGAAUCUGCGCGUGCCGGGUCGAGCUCAAUGUGAAUCUCUGCAUCCCUUCUAUUUAAGGAGACCGUUUCUUGAAACUGAAUAUAAAACUCCGUCCUACUUCACCGAUUGUGCCGCUGAAAGAUUUUCCCCCGUCGCGGCGCCGGGGGUCGCGGGUCGCGGGGUCCGGGGGUCGGGGGUCCGGGGGGGUCGCGACGCCCUGCCCCCAGGCCACCGGGCCAAUGGCGGGCCAAUGGCUGGCGGCGGGCCCGACCGGCCGACCCGAGCUCAGUCGCGCCUGAACCGCGACCCUUGA